CAACAAACCAGUGACAUGUGCAAUGUUGUCUAUCCACCUGCAGGCAAAGGUAAACCCCCCAAAUGCAGUGAUGUCAAACUUGGGGCCAUAACUACAGACAAUGCAGGCACCACGUACAUCUUUGCAGAUAUAACGGAGCGCCACUGCGAGCACCACAGAAAACGUGUAGAGGCCAGAGGCAGGUUAAUUGGAGCCUUUUUACCAGCUUGUGACGACAACGGACAGUAUCUGCCAGACCAGCGCCAUGGCUCCACCGGAUAUCACUGGUGUGCAGACAGUAAGGGACGGAAAAUACCAGGAACUGCCACGCCACCUGGUGUACCAGAUGUAGACUGCAGCAAACCAAGUGAGGCUUUAAACUUCUCCAGACUUACAACAUACAUUUACACAUCCAAACUCCAAGGCAUCAACACUUCACUUGGAGUCUUUGUACCAGAGUGUGAUGAAAAUGGAGAGUAUCGACCACAGCAGUGUCAUGCUUCCACUGGACAAUGUUGGUGUGUGAACAGAAGAGGCAUCCAAACACCAGGAACCGAAACCCCGGCUGGUUCACCACCUCCAGACUGCAGCAAAGCAGAUAAACCAGAAAGUUCCACGACUAAAUGCCAAAAGGACAGAAACAGUACAAAGACCACCACUACAGGAGGACAACCCAUAGCUGGAGUCUUUGUACCCCAGUGUGGUGAAAAUGGAGAGUUUCUCCAAAAGCAGUGUCAUGGCUCCACUGGACAUUGCUGGUGUGUAGAUAGUAUUGGACUGGAAAUACCAGGAACCAAAACUCCACCUGGAACACCAUCUGCGGACUGCGGCAAAGCAGCUGAGCGUCACUGUGAGCACCACAGAUCCCGAGUAGAGGCCACUGGUACUUUAAUCGGAGCCUUUUUACCACAGUGUGAUGAAAAUGGGAAGUAUCUACCACAUCAGUGCCAUUCCUCAACUGGACAUUGUUGGUGUGUGAACGAAAAAGGGAAAGAAAAACCAGGAACCAGAACUGCACCUGGUAAACCAAGAGUGGAUUGCAGCACAGCAGAUGGGCCCCAGCGUCAUUGUGAGCGCCACAGAAACAGCACCCAGGCCAAAGGUGUCGGAAUUGGAGCCUUUUUACCGCAAUGUGAUGAAAAUGGACAUUAUCAGCCACAGCAGUGUCAUGGCUCCACUGGACAUUGCUGGUGUGUAGACAGUAUUGGACUGGAAAUACCAGGAACCAAAACUCCACCUGGAACACCAUCUGCGGACUGCAGCAAAGCAGCUGAGCGUCACUGUGAGCACCACAGAUCCCGAGUAGAGGCCACUGGUACUUUAAUCGGAGCCUUUUUACCACAGUGUGAUGAAAAUGGGAAGUAUCAACCACAUCAGUGCCAUUCCUCAACUGGACAUUGUUGGUGUGUGAACGAAAAAGGGAAAGAAAAACCAGGAACCAGAACUGCACCUGGUAAACCAAGAGUGGAUUGCAGCACAGCAGAUGGGCCCCAGCGUCAUUGUGAGCGCCACAGAAACAGCACCCAGGCCAAAGGUGUCGGAAUUGGAGCCUUUUUACCGCAAUGUGAUGAAAAUGGACAUUAUCAGCCACAGCAGUGCCAUGGCUCCACUGGACAUUGUUGGUGUGUGGACAAACUGGGACAGGAAAGACCAGGAACCAGAACUCCCCCUGGGACGCAAUCUGUGGAUUGUGACAAAGCAAGUCGUGUCUACAUGCGUCUGGAUACCAUCCGUGAUGGCCUCCACUCCUUACCUAUAACCAGGGCAUGGCAAGAAGUAGGCGACAGGGUGGAAGCUGCUUUCUCCUACACUGAUAAGAUGUACUUGAUUAAGGAUGGUGAGAUUUACAUCUAUCUGGUAGGUUCCAACGUCAUUGGCGACCGUCCUCGAUACUUGAGACAUGAGAUGGGCUUAGAUGGACCUGUGGACGCAGCUUUUGUGUGUCCAGAUGAACACGUCGCUCAUAUAAUCCAAGGAAACAGAAUGAAAGAUGUGGACCUCUCUGCCACUCCCUGGACCGUUAUCCGAGAUGUGCCCUUGCCCUUGUCAGAUAUCGAUGCUGGUCUGUGUGGUCCAGACGGUAUUAAACUAUUUAAGGGCUCAGAAUAUUACCACUAUGAAAGCCCUAUGAUACUGGCUAUGGGCAGGAUUGUUUCUAAGCCAAAGAAGAUCACCUCAGCAAUCCUGGGUUGUGAGGAUUAAGCAUUGAAAUAAAGAUUUCACGGCACAUUACAAUCAGUGCAUUCUAUAUGACAAUGAUAAUGGGGU